AUGGAUCCAUACACGUUGGCAAAGGCAUUUGUGGAGCACUACUACACCACCUUCGACAGCAAACGUGCUGGACUUGCCACUCUUUACAAAGAAGGAUCCAUGCUUACCUUCAAAGGUCAGAAGAUUCAAGGUUCCCCCAACAUCGUCGCCAAGCUCACUUCACUCCCUUUCCAGCAGUGCCAUCACACCAUCACCACCGUCGAUUGCCAACCCUCCACUGUCAACGAUGGCAUGCUUGUCUUCGUCAGCGGUAACCUUAAACUUGGCGGUGAACAACACGCCCUCAAUUUCAGUCAGAUGUUCCAUUUGAUACCGAAACCGCAAGGAAGCUAUUAUCUGCAUAAUGACAUAUUCCGUUUGAACUAUGCCUGA